AUGGAAGUGGGCCAGGACCCUGCUGCGCUGUCCUUUUCGACGUUUCAAACGAACAAAGCUUUCCUGAUUCGUUGUGCGAAGGGCGGCUGCUACUCCACCUUGGAUUUUGCCGAUAGAGGCCUUACAUCGGACAAAAACUUUGCCCUGUCGUUGCUCUCUGUGGACGUUGCCACUCUGCAGCAUCUCAGCGAAGGGCUCCGCAACGACUGCGAGAUUCUCUUGCACGCCGCGGCCCUCAGUGAGCAAGACUUUGGAGGAGACAAGGACUUCUGUGACCAGGCCCGACGGCUGCGCAGCGCCUUGGCUAUGGUGAGACGCCAUCCCAACAGCAGGAACAUUGUUCUUCGAGCAGUCGGCUGGCAUCCUUUGUCUUUGUGGUAUGCAUCAUCUGAACUGCAAGAGGAUCCUGACUUUCAAGAACAGGCAGCUUGGCUGAUUGCCAGCAAAGACGGCCAAGGACUGGAUGUGGUCUCUGUUGCACAAUGAACAGAACGCAAGGCACUUGGCCACUUGGCCAAGGCACUUGGCCGCAACAACUGAGUAAUUUGCUUUGUCGAGAGAAUUCCCAACAACCUGGCUUUGCAGGAACAACUUGUUCCACGAGCCAUUUCGUUUGGCAUCUUUUUCACCUUACUGUAGCAUCAGUACUUUCGCGCGGAAGAACUGCUUGAGACGUGCUGAGGCUAAAA